UGUCAGCGUGCAUCAGCACAGCAACAUUGCAACUCAUCAUUAUCGGAGAGGAUUGUAACAAAGCAAGAGUCACCAGUAAUCACAUUGAACAGAAGUCUUGCAUCAGGAUUUGUAGAAUCAUCCAGCGUAUUUUCGAAGUUUCCGAUAGAGAGACUCAUCCAAUAAAUAGUGCGCCCUAAGGCUGACACUAAGCAUUCCAUUUGUUAAACAUUUGCCAUCAGCAGUGAUACGUACCAAAAUACGAUGGAGUUUCCAAGUUUAGGCAAACAUUGUUGUGAAAAGUUUUGCAACAAGCUCGAUUUCCUCCCUAUGAAAUGUGAUGCCUGUGGCGACAUUUUUUGCUCGGACCACUUUAGCUACCGAACACAUUCCUGCCCUUCAGCGUACAAGAAGGAUGUCCAGGUGCCGAUUUGUCCGCUUUGCGGUGAACCAGUUCCUACGGCGCGCGAUGUUUCACCGGAUGUGACGGUCGGGGCUCACAUCGAUCAGUUUUGUAAAUCGGAGAAGAAGAAAAUCUACACCAAUCGCUGUUCGUACAAAACAUGCAAGAAAAAGGAACUAAUCCCAGUUUCGUGCGGAGUUUGCAAACGGAACUAUUGCCUCAAGCAUCGCCACACAUCGGACCACGAAUGCGCUGGGGCGCAAAGCGCGUCGGUACCGCAGCGGAGUUUGGUUGCCCAAGCAGCGCUCGAUAGACAGCGACAGCAAAAUCAAAAGAGCAUCGAACGAGUUCCAAAUCGGCCGGCUGUAGCCAGUAUCCACCUGGAAGCGGUUCAGGGUAAUAUGUCUGAGGAUGAAGCUUUGGCACGGGCUUUGGCGCUUUCGUUGCAAGAAGAGGACGACGAACGUGCACGGGCUGCGCGGGAUAAUGGAUCUGGAAGUGGUGGAGCAAGCGGUCGCAACGGAAUUGCGGUUGGAGGAACCAGCGCUAAGGAUAAGUGUAAUCUCUCGUGAUUGCUGACCGUGGUAGAGUGGGAGCUUGACAAUCGGUGGUGCUUUUGAUUACAUACAUUGCGUAAUAUAUAAUCAUUUUCGAAAUUGAUGUAUAGUCUGCCUUUAAUCCUUGUCUAACAUAAUUUUAUUGAUAAUCGUAAACGCUUAAUAAAAAUACUUAUCACCAUA